CGAACGCUUCGCAGUUUGCACUACAACACACAACAAUACUCAUUCCUCUUUCGGUAACGCCAACAACAGUAACAACACACCAUCAUUGCUUAUAGGGCUUAGUAAGCUUUAGUACUGGACAUUCCAACUCUUUCUUCAUUUACUCUGACUCAACUGGAUUCCAGAACACAGACCAGCGCAGAGUAUAAUGGCUACUUUUCCAGUGCCAUCUGCUGCCAUAGAAUUGUCGCCGUGGGAGAACCAUCAGGGUUCACUUCCACCAGAGAUUGAUAUUGAGGGAAAUAUUGAGUAUAAGCUUAAAUUGAUCGCAACUGCACCAGAUCGAUUCGAACAUUUGGUUACUCAGUUAAAAUGGAGAUUGGCAGAAGGCAACGGGAGCGCAAUUUAUGAGAUCGGUGUAGCAGACGACGGUUCAUUUGUAGGCCUGUCACCUCAGGAUAUGGAGGUCUCUCUUCAAACGUUACAUCGUAUGGCGGAUUUUUUAAAAGCAGAUGUCACUGUCCUCCGAAAGGUUUCUGUUGAAUCCACCCAACAGAACGAAGCGAUUCAAGAUGGAUCAUCUAGUUCAUCAGCCAUUGCCCGCAAACAACUCUCCGCUAAUAGUGGCUCACCAAAGACGAAGCCUGAGUACUUGGUAGUGGAAGCUAAAGUCACGUCAAGGCUAGUGGAGGAACAUCAGUUUUUAGAGAUCAGAGUUGCACUAGUCGGAGGACCGGAUGCUGGAAAGUCAACGCUAUUGGGGAGAUUGGCUCAUGGCAUUGCAGAUAACGGCAGAGGAAAAGCACGGCUGAAUCUACUUCGCCAUCGCCAUGAAAUAAGCACAGGCAGGACAUCUUCCAUCUCACAUGAGAUCAUUGGUUUCACAGCCAAGGGAGCGACUGUCAACUAUAGCACUACCAACAUCUCCAGUUGGCAAGAGAUCUGUGAGUCUUCUGCUAAAGUGGUAACCUUAUUAGACACCUGCGGGCAUCCCCGAUUCCUUAAAACUACUAUAUCGGGAUUAACUGGACACGCCCCGGAUUAUGCUUGCCUGGUUGUUGAUUCACGAAUAGGAGGCGUUAAUGAGAUGACAAAGGAACAUUUGGCACUGGCUGUAACUUUAGGCCUUCCCACUUUCGUGGUAGUAACGAAGAUGGAUGUUGCAACACGCGAUCAACUAAGAGCCACAGUUACUGCAUUGAUGACACUGAUUCGACACUCUAGUCCAUCUUGCAUCCCAUCUAUCAAUGCUGUCAACAUUGACACAGGAAUAUCGGCGCAAUCUCACCGAUUUGAACAGUCUACAACAUCAACAUCAUCAACAGCAGGCAAUAAUGCUGGUCAUUCAUUACAGACAUUUGCUCCUGUGAUUGUACACAACGAGAGGGACCUAGAAACUACCGUGAAGCGGUUCUCAGACGAGUCUACCAUUCAAGAGACAAACAGUGUUGCGAUCCCAAUCUUACUUCUCUCAAGUGUGACUGGGGAAAACGUGAACCUGUUGGAGAAAUUCUUAUUCCUGCUGCCCAAACCAGGUUUGAACAUUCACGGUGGCUCAUACCUACAAGAGCCAGCUUGCUAUCAAAUCGAAGAGAUUUACAAUAUACCAGAUAUAGGCACUGUAGUAGGAGGAUUCUUACAUGCAGGGAAGAUUGAAGUCCAUGACCAUAGCAAGGCAUCACAGGGUGCACAAAACAUGCGACUUUAUCUUGGACCUGUUGACAGGGAUGGGAGCUUCAUACCCGUAGUCGUUAAGUCUAUCCAUCGUCAACGCAUGUCAAUGCGAUCAAUCGAUUCAGGACACACCGCAACGCUGGCAAUUGAUGGACCUGGCUUGACAAGAGUCAAAGUUCGCCGCGGAAUGGUUGUUUUAGAGAGUGACACAGACCCUAGAGGCACUUGCUGUCAAAAAUUUGAGGCAGUCAUCGAGGUACUAGCGCAUGAAGGGAUUUUCGGGGUUGGAUAUCAAGGAAUGAUCCAUUGUGGGUCUGUGCAUCAGAAUGCAAGGGUUGUCAAGAUUGAACUAUUGCCUGGCUCAACUCAGGAGAGUGUGGAGAAUCUCUCAACACCUACGCUUUUAGACAGCACUGAUGACCUUGGAAGAUCCCCUAUAGCAGAAGCUCUCCCAUCAGGAGUAUUGAAUCGAAAUAACCAAAAGGACUAUUUACAAAGUACGCGAUCUAGGUCGCCUAGCUCAGAUUAUGAAUCAGGGACAGGAUCCUCCAUUCCCGAAUCAAUCAUUAUUUCGAGAUCAAACUCCCUGCAUGAGGAGAAUAUGAGCGACGAUCUAGAUAACCGGCCCCGCUAUCGGCCACGAACACGCCGACACCACUUGGAGGCUGAUGAAGGUGGCACAGAUGGAAUGAUCCCUAUAAGUACAAUGCGAUCGUUCAGGAGGCUCUCUGUGCGACAAGAUAAUCAUACACCAAGCCUAAUUACGCCUCAAAGCACUGAAAUCAAAGAUUCAAUCGCCGUUGAUCAAUCUGAUACGGGGUGUGAGCCGGUUAACGUACUGACAGGGCAGACUGAGUGUGAUCAAGUGGAUGAGGAUCCUGUGGAACUGCGCACAGGCAGUCGAGCGCGUGUUGUGUUCCAGUUUUGCCAUGAUGUUCAAUUCAUGCGUGAAGGCACAACUGUCUUGUUCCGACAUGGUGGAACCAAGUGCGUGGGAAAAGUCCUUCGCAUGCUUUGACUUUAUUUUUUUUUUAAAAAAAAAUAAUUCUUAAAUGAACAAUCUCUUUUGUGGUAUGCUUAUUUCUACAAUUCUCUUUAGAU